AUGACAGGGGAUCGGGAGCGCUUCAACGACAUGCGCUGGUAUUACGCUACGGUUCGUUGCCACCAUGAGGCCAACGAACGUUUGCUGAGGCAGCAGCGAGAGUUAAUGGAGCUAGUGGCGCUCUCGCAGGGUGGGGACAACGCGGUGCGUCAUAUGCUCGAUAUCAAUGAUGAAAUGAAAAACUCAUCUGUUUUUAACUGCUUGAUGCUGCAGGAGCGCAUGCGUGAAACAGAGAAAAAAACACGGGAGCUUCAGAAUGAGCACUCCCGUGUACAGUCGGAGGUAGAGAAACAACAACAGAAUCUUGAGGCGAUGCGGGGUCGUCUUCAAAAGGCAUUGGAGGCAAUACAGCGAGCUCGCUCUGGGGGUUCGAUAGCUGAGUUUUCGACUGGUGCUAAUGAUACCACAAAGAAGGAUAUGAGCACACAAGGAGCACAAGCACUAACAACACUAGCGGCAGCACAGUCGGUGGUUACUGCGCCUCCAGUUUCAACAAUCCCGCCUUUGAAUGCAACCGCAUAUCCGGCGCCAAUAGCGUCUGUGCCGCUUCCAAUUAUCGCUUCUAUUGCAGGCGCCUCCAUGCCACCUCCGCCAUCAGCAAGUGUACCACCUCCGCCGUCAGCAAGUGUGCCACCUCCACCAGCAGCAAGUGUACCACCUCCGCCAUCAGCAAGUGUACCACCUCCGCCAGCAGCAAGUGUACCACCUCCGCCAGCAGCAAGUGUACCACCUCCGCCGUCAGCAAGUGUACCACCUCCGCCGUCAGCAAGUGUACCACCUCCGCCAGCAGCAAGUGUACCACCUCCGCCAGCAGCAAGUGUGCCACCUCCGCCAUAA